AUGAGUGGAGCUGUGCUUGUUGCUGUUGCUGCUGCUGUUGGCAACUUGUUACAAGGAUGGGAUAACGCAACAAUUGCAGGAGCUGUGUUGUACAUAAAAAAGGAGUUUAAUUUGGAGAGUAAUCCAUCAAUGGAAGGUCUAAUUGUGGCGAUGUCACUGAUUGGUGCUACUCUGAUCACAACAUGGUCAGGAGGAGUAGCUGAUUGGCUUGGUCGCCGUCCGAUGCUGAUACUAUCAUCAAUUCUCUACUUUGUUGGUUCUCUAGUAAUGCUUUGGUCUCCGAACGUUUACGUCUUGCUCUUAGGAAGGCUAUUGGAUGGGUUUGGUGUUGGUCUUGUGGUCACACUUGUUCCUAUUUACAUCUCCGAGACUGCACCGCCUGAGAUCAGAGGACUGUUGAAUACGCUUCCGCAGUUCACUGGCUCCGGAGGGAUGUUCUUGUCUUACUGUAUGGUUUUCGGAAUGUCUCUGAUGCCGUCUCCUAGCUGGAGACUGAUGCUUGGUGUCCUUUUCGUCCCUUCCUUAGUCUUCUUCUUCCUCACAAUCUUCUUCUUGCCUGAGUCUCCAAGGUGGCUUGUGAGCAAAGGUCGAAUGCUUGAAGCUAAGCGUGUUCUGCAGAGGCUACGCGGUCGGGAAGAUGUGUCUGGUGAGAUGGCUUUGUUGGUGGAGGGACUUGGGAUUGGAGGUGAAACAACGAUAGAGGAAUACAUAAUCGGACCUGCUGAUGAAGUAGCUGAUGAUCUUGACUUAGCUGUGGAUAAGGAUCAGAUUAAGCUGUACGGUGCGGAAGAAGGUCUGACUUGGGUUGCUAGGCCGGUUAAAGGAGGAAGCACUGUGAGUAUCUUGUCACGCCAUGGAAGUACACUGAGCAAGAGGCAAGGCUCGUUGAUUGAUCCUCUCGUCACACUGUUUGGGAGCGUUCACGAGAAGAUGCCAGACACUGGAAGCAUGAGGAGCGCGUUGUUCCCACAUUUUGGGAGCAUGUUCAGUGUGGGAGGAGGGAACCAACCGAGGAAUGAUGAGGAAUGGGAUGAGGAGAAUCUUGUUGGAGAUGGUGAGGGAUAUCCAUCGGACCGUGGAGAGGAGGACUCUGAUGUUGAUGGUGGUGAUAAUGAGCUUCACUCUCCGUUGAUCUCACGUCAGACGACAAGCAUGGAGAAAGACAUGCACGCUGGUCACGGACCGCUUUCUACUUUCAGACAUGGAAGCCAAGUGCAGGAAGGAGGAACGGGUAGUAGUAUGGGGAUUGGAGGUGGAUGGCAAGUGGCAUGGAAAUGGACUGAGAGAGAAGAUGAAUCAGGAGAGAAAGAAGGAGGGUUUAAGAGGAUAUACUUGCAUCAAGAAGGCUUCCCUGGAUCUAGACGUGGCUCCAUUGUUUCGUUGCCUGGUGGAGGUAACGGAGCCGGUGAGUCAGAUUUUGUGCAAGCGGCUGCUUUGGUUAGCCAACCGGCUCUUUACUCCAAAGACCUUCUCAGAGAACAUACAGUUGGUCCUGCUAUGGUUCAUCCAUCUGAAGCAGCUAAAAGCUCCAUUUGGCAUGAUCUUCAUGACCCUGGUGUCAAACGUGCUUUGUUCGUUGGAGUUGGCCUUCAGAUACUUCAGCAGUUCUCAGGCAUCAAUGGAGUUCUUUACUACACACCUCAAAUCCUAGAGCAGGCAGGUGUUGGGAUUCUACUGUCGAACUUGGGGAUUAGUUCGGCUUCUUCUUCCUUGCUUAUCAGUGCAUUGACAACCUUUGUCAUGUUACCUGCAAUAGCUGUUGCAAUGAGGCUCAUGGAUCUCUCCGGUCGAAGGACGUUGUUGCUGACUACGAUUCCGAUCUUGAUAGCGUCACUAAUAGUGUUAGUAAUCUCGAAUAUAGUCCACAUGAACAGCAUAGUCCACGCGGUCAUAUCAACCAUAAGCGUCGUUCUCUACUUCUGUUUCUUCGUGAUGGGUUUCGGUCCUACUCCAAACAUCCUCUGCUCAGAGAUCUUCCCGACUCGAGUCCGUGGAAUCUGCAUCGCCAUUUGCGCGCUCACGUUCUGGAUCUGUGACAUAAUCGUCACUUACAGUCUCCCUGUGCUGCUCAAAUCCAUUGGACUCGCUGGUGUCUUUGGAAUGUAUGCAAUAGUCUGUUGCAUCUCGUGGGUGUUCGUGUACCUGAAAGUCCCUGAAACUAAAGGCAUGCCACUUGAAGUCAUCACUGAGUUCUUCUCCGUUGGUGCUAGACAAGCUGAAGCUGCUAAAGCCGACUGA